CCGUUCUUCUUUCUGUCCCACGGUGGCCCCACGUUUGUCGACAAGACUGACAAGCUUGGCAGCAAUCUCGGGGCGUGGAACAAGACGAAGGAGAUCGGCGAGUACAUCAAGAAGGAGCUCAAGCCGGACUUCAUCAUCGUUGUCUCUGCACACUGGCAGACAGACGUACCGGACGAGAUCGAGCUUCGACCCGAUGAAAACGCUUUGAUUUACGACUUCUACGGCUUCCCGCAGAAGUUCUACGAGUCGCAGUUCCACACGAUCCCGAACAGGUUUAUUGCCAAUGACAUUGUGAAAACAUUGAAGGCGUCCGACUGGUUUCAGGCCAAGACGCAGGAGCGGGGACUAGACCACGGUGCCUUUGUUCCGAUGAAGGUUGCCUUUGCCGACACCAACGUGCUAGACUCUCACAAGCUCGACGUCGACGUUCCGGUGAUCCAGGUCUCUAUGGCGGGAACGCCAGACAUCGAGAUUCACUACCAUUUGGGCGAAGCACUCAGCAGAUACAGAGACUACAACGGCCUACUUCUUUUUUCCGGGAUGUCUGUACACAACUUACGGGACAUUGGCAUCGCCAUGGCGAUGGACAACGAGCCGUUGCCAUACGCGAAGCCCUUCAACGACCUCCUCACGAAGGUGCUCACGAACAAAGACCCCUCUAAGAUCCUUGACGAGCUCAAGCAGAUACCGCGGACCCCGGAACUUGACAAGCUUUACAAGGCGGCCCAUCCGACCAACGAACACUUGUUGCCGGCUGUGGUGGCGGCUGGGGCCGCCCGAGGCGACGAGUGCAAGCUCAUCUACGGCGACGUGUCCGGCUCCAUGGGCUGGAACCUCUACAGAUGGGGC